GUCGGAGAAGACGGACGGGCCGGGCGCCAUUUUUGUUUCCUCCCUCAGUCGGCGGUUGGAAGGAGAAAGCGAGCGGGAAGGAAGGCCUGAGGAUGGGCACGCAGGGCGAGGACGGCGACGACGGCGGGCGCGACUGCUGGCCCUCGAGCUCCCCGCACUCGGAGGACGGCGCCGAGGAAACCCCCGCCAGGGAGAGCGGGCGCAGGGGACGGGGCAGGCCGCGCCGCCGGAACAAAAUCCAGAAUGGCGAACGUGAUUUUGAAGAGGAAGGCGAGGAGGCUGAGGAGAUGCAGGGGUCCUACCAUGAGCAGUGGGGCGAGCGAACAGUGGAGUGGACAGGAAGCAAGCGCGCAAAGAAGCGAACAAGCAGCGGGGAGAGCAGCGAGCAUCCCUCCUGGCACACCAACGGGGAAGGGGAUGGACAGCCCUCCAUCGAAGACCAGGAGGAGCUGGUCAGGACGGAGCCCAGGAGGAGUCGCGGGAGGCCUCGCAAGUAUCCGCUGAAACCAGCGGUGGAUCCAGCUCUGAAGAGACCAAGAGGGAGGCCUAAAGGAAGCAAGAACAGAACUCCCUCCAAGGCAGACAGGGAACUAAAUGGAGAGCCGUCUCCCAAAAGACCAAGAGGAAGACCUAAAGGAAGCAAAAACAAGCGCCCAUCUAAAUCCUUUAGAAAGGACGAAAUGGAGUGGAUGUCUCCCGGAAGAUCAAGAGGAAGACCUAAAGGAAGCAAAAACAAGCGCCCGUCUAAAUCGUUUCAAAAGGAAGAAAUGGAGUGGAUGUCUCCCAAAAGACCAAGAGGAAGACCUAAAGGAAGCAAAAACAAGAAUCCGAAUCCAGCUAAAGUAGUUGAAAAGGUACCGGUGGGAUGGCUGGCUCCCAAAAAGCCAAGGGGAAGACCCAAAGGAAGCAAAAACAAGCGCGUGUCCAUGGGGUGGCCCAAAAAGCCCAAAGGGAAGCCCAAAGAGAACAAAUCCAGUCCCUCCAAAGGGGAUGAAAAGGAGGCGACGGAGUGGCUGUCUCCCGGAAGAUCAAGAGGAAGACCUAAAGGAAGCAAAAACAAGCAUUCGUCUAGAGUAGCUAAAAAGUGAUCCCUGCGUCCGGGAGGGAGUAGCAGUCACAGAUAAGACACAGCGGCUGGGGCCGGCUUCAAUAAGACUCCCUGCGAAUAUUGGCCCCAGCUUCCAAGCUGGAUAAACUCCCCGGAAUUACGCCCUCCUUCCAUUGGCCCAAUCAAUCAACCCAAACGAAGAGCCAACAUUGGGGACCUCCUCCACUUAAGGCAAGUCUUUUUUUACUUCUCGGUUAUCCCUGUCUGAACCCAACUUAGGCGGAUGUAAGCGCUAGCUUUUCUCUCAGGCUAACACUCCUUUCUUUCGAUGUCAGAAGUGGGACUCAGUUAUUUUAUUUGGCCGUCGGAGAGGCGGCAGAUCUUGAUUAGCCAUUGGAUGAUAUUUCUGGACAACCCCAAAACGUAUAUCUGCAUUGUAAAUCAGCACCCCACAUUUUGAGAAAUUUAUUCCCUCGUCGCAACCGGCUCAUCUCAUUGCGACAUUUGCUGGUCCCUCUUUGCUUUUGCUGCCUCUGGAAAAGCACAAGAUGUCAGUACUUCAGAAAGAAAAAUAAUAUUUGACCAUUGUUACUGCAAUUCAAGAAAGCUCACUCAAACGUAAUCUCAAAUUAAGCAAGACUUUUUAAAGAUAUAUAGAAACAGAACCUAGGAAUCACAGUCAAGAAGAUUGAUCGAGGAGAACAGCUGACUCCCAAGGGAAGAAAUAAGAACAACAACCAUAAUGACAUCCAAGAAAUUUGGAGCAGAAUAAACAAACAACCCCCCGCAGACACCUUGAAACAUGAGGGGUUUGACAGACUUUAAAGUUAAAUAGAGGAUUUCCUGUUUCAAUGACAGUCUGGUUAGAAGUAUGUUGAGAAUGGACUGGGAUUGAACAAACAAGUUUGGCAAAAUUGAAAAUAAUGAUUUGUUUGGUUUUGGGGGGGGGGGGAGGGAUGGAUUGGUGAAAUCAAAAUAUUGAUAAUGAAGGGGGAAAGACGACAAGAUAUUUUAAUAAAUUGUUGAAAUACACUUAUAGGCCGUAUAAGAUACGAUCACUUAAAAGGGAAUGUUAUUUUGGGGGGGGGUGGGGGUGGAUAUUGAGGUGAUGGAUUAAAGAUCAAUUUACAUGAAUUUGAACCUUAGUUGAAAUGCUUAAAUUGUUGAUAUGAAUAUUACGUGUGGUUAUGUGUUAAUUUUAAAUACAUGGGUUUAUAUUUAGCAGAAGCUGAAAUGCAAUCAAGUAGAAUAAGUAGUCUAUGUAAUAGUUUGAUAGUUGCCUUUGCUUGAGGAAAUUCAAUUGUGUUUUUCACAGUUUUUUUAAUUUUUAAUUAUUUUUUUAAAUCGAUAGAGCUUAGUUAUUUGUCCAGUCGGGAGGGAAACUGGGGGGGGGGGGGCAAUGGGGUGGGAAUAAUACGGGGCUAUUUUUGUAUCGGAUUCUUUUGUUUUGCUUCUUAUUUUAAGGCCUGUGUUUGUUUGUUCUUUUUAUUUCAAAUUUGUUGUGAAAAGAAUCUAAUAAAAAUUAAUGGAAAAAGGA